AUGACGGCAUGGCUGGUGGUGCUACUCGCAGAUCAAAAGGAACUAAGGAAGCUCCAACACGAGGGAGAAGGAUUCUUCAAGAAAAUACUGCAAUUCGCUGCCAAUGUCAGGGUCGUUGUUAAAGUCGUUGGUGCUGCUUCCCUUUUCCUCCUCAACGCAUCCUCUUCCCCAAUCCCUAGGGUUUCACAAGCCACCAUGGAUCUCCCUUCCCAAGUCGUGAAGCCAUGGCGCUGCAACCUCACCUUUUCCUUCGUGUCAGAGUCGAACGUUAUCGCCAACGUUACUACACCUCUGCCAUGCUGUGUUCAUGGACCAGGUGGUUCAAUGGCCACUGUGGCAGAAUAUAUGGUGGAUGGUUCUCAUAGGCAUGUAUAUCUUGAUCGUCGGAAGAGGCUGAUAAUUGCAAUGGAUGCUGCUUUUGGAAUGGAAUAUUUGCACUCGAAAAACAUUGUGCAUUUUGACUUAAAAUGUGACAAUUUGCUUGUAAACUUGAAAGAUCCUUUACGUCCAAUACGCAAGGUUGGUGAUUUUGGCUUAUCAAAAAUUAAGAGAAAUACUUUGGUUACUGGUGUGCGUGGGACACACUACCUUGAAUGGCACCAGCUUCUGAAUGGCCGCAGCAAUAAGGUCUCAGAAAAGGUUGAUGUGUUCUCCAUUAGCAUUGUAUUAUGGGAAAUUCUUAUUAUGUGUAACGCAAACACAAAGCACGUUGGUUCCUAUUUGGUCAAAACAUUAAAGGUGGCCACAUCGAUCCCUCCAUUGCUAUAG